AUGGACAAGGCACAGGAUGGGCUGCUAAGGCGGCCCCUCUAUCUCUUCGACCUGCCACCAGAAAUCCUCAAUUCGCUCGCUCUCAAACCAGACGCGGGGUUGCCUGCUCUUGCCGGAGAUGCGCCCACUACUUCGGCUUCCUCAGGGGACCUGACCCCAAGUCCCGCCAGCGCCGAAAAUAUCCUCGGAUCACAGGCCUGCUCCCUAUGCGGCAUGUCUUUCGCCACCGUCGAGGAGCAGAAGGAACAUCUCAAAACCGACCUCCAUUACUACAACCUCAAACAAAAGUUGAACGGCCUCAAACCUGUUUCCGAAGCCGAGUUCGAAAAGCUUGUCGAGGAGAACGAUAUGAGCAUCUCGGGAUCGGACACGUCGGAUAACGAGGAUGAGGAGGACGAGCCGUCGCGCAAGGAGUCGACUCUCUCGGCCCUGCUCAAGAAACAAGCAUCGCUGGCGGAUAAGCGCAACGCGGACGAUGGGGACACCGAGGCGGAACCGAAGAAGAAGAGGGGGUCGGGUAAACCGCCAUUGCUGUGGUUCGAGUCACCACAGCUCCCAGACCGCACUUAUUUCGGGAUAUACAGGAGCUUGUUCACUGCAAAGGAGUUGGACAAGGAAGAUGCGAUUGUCGAAGCCAUCAAACAACGACAAUUACCUCCGAUAUCCAUGCCCAAAGCCGCCAAGGAUGGGAAUACCAUCCCCCCAGCCUACAAUGGCAGGCACAUAUUCCUCUGCAUGAUGGGAGGCGGUCACUUCGCCGCCAUGGUAGUGUGCCUGGCUCCGAGGAAGACCAAGCACGGCUCGGCUGGGCCACUCAACAGGGAGGCUGUCGUUUUGGCGCACAAGACCUUCCAUCGGUACACGACUCGACGCAAACAGGGUGGUUCACAGUCAGCCAACGACAACGCUAAGGGGGCCGCUCACUCAGCCGGUGCCUCGAUACGCCGAUACAACGAACAAGCCCUCGUUGACGACAUCCGAGAGCUCAUCAGUGACUGGAAAGCGUUAAUCGACACCUCCGACCUGCUCUUUAUCCGAGCGACCGGGGCGACAAACCGGCGGACUUUGUUCGGGCCUUACGACGACCAGGUCAUGCGCUCCAACGACCCCCGUAUCAGGGGCUUCCCCUUUUCCACGCGAAGAGCGACACAAAACGAACUCAUGCGCGCCUUCAUCGAACUCACCCGCCUCAAGGUCAAAGAGAUCCAGCCCGAAGAGGUUUCCGCGCCAACCGAAGCGGGCAAACCCUCCAAACCCAAGACCGACUCCAAACCAACCCCCCCAAAACUCACCGAAGAAGAAGAAACCGCCAUCUUCCACACGACCCAAAUCCAAGCCCUCAUCCGCCGCUCCAAACUCCCCGCCCUCCUCUCCUACCUCACCACCAACAACCUCCCUCCCACCUUCACCUUCCAACCCGCCGACACCCAACAGAACCACCACGCCCCGACCGCCCUCCACCUCGCCGCCGCCCAAAACUCGGGCCCGCUCGUCGCCGGCCUCCUGACCCGCGCCAACGCCGACCCCUCCAGAACCAGCAGCGAGGGCAAGACGCCCUUCGACCUCGCCGGCGACCGCGCCACCCGCGACGCCUUCCGCGUCGCCCGCGCCGAGCUCGGCGAGGAUGCCUGGGACUGGGACGCCGCGCGCGUGCCGGCGCCGCUGGCGCGGGAGGAGGCGGAGAAGAGGGCGGAGAGGGAGCGCAAGGCGGCGGAGAAAGAGGAGGAGGUGAGGCGCGCGGCGGAGGAGGAGAGGUUGAAGGUGGAGGGGCCGAGGGUGGAUGGUAAUGGUUCUGGUAAUGGUUCUGGUGGUGGGGGUGGGAGGAGGGGCGGGAAGAAGGGGGGGCUUGUGUUGGGGGCGGGACCGCCCAAGACGGCGGAGGAGAGGAGGGCGGAGGAGGCGAGGGGGUUGACGGGGGAACAGAGGAUGAGGUUGGAACGGGAGCGGAGGGCGAGGGCGGCGGAGGAGAGGAUUAGGCGGUUGCAGGGCGGUGGGUGA